UUUUACUUUUCAUCCGUAUACUCCAUUUUGUCGUUGUCGUGAAUAGACGUUAUACUUACACCAAACAGUUUUAGUGAAAAAUUAAAUAAAUCAAACCGCUAAAUAAUUUUUUAACAUUUUAAAAUGAGUUACGGUCGACCACCUCCCCGCAUUGACGGGAUGGUGUCUUUAAAAGUUGAUAAUUUAACAUACAGAACGACACCGGAAGAUUUACGACGCGUUUUCGAGAGAUGUGGCGAAGUUGGCGACAUUUAUAUCCCUCGAGAUCGCUUUACUCGUGAAAGUCGUGGAUUUGCUUUUGUAAGGUUUUACGAUAAACGUGAUGCCGAAGAUGCAUUAGAUGCUAUGGAUGGUCGUUUGUUGGAUGGAAGGGAGCUUCGUGUGCAGAUGGCACGGUAUGGAAGACCUACUUCUCCUCAUCGAAGUCGAGGAAGCCGACGACGCGGAAGAUCUCGAAGUCGCAGCCGAGAUCGCAGACGAUCUCGUUCAAGAUCUCGUUCUAGAUCACGAAGCCGAGAUAGAGAUCGAAGGCGUUCUUAUUCUCGUAGUCGCAGUCGCUCACGUUCCGACAGUAAAAGUUCUAGAGGAAAAUCUCGCUCUCGCAGCAAGUCAGCAGACAGAGAAAAUAGUCGCUCAAAAUCCAGGGACUGAAGUGUUGAUAAAAAUGUAUGAAAGUACAAUGGAAUGAGAUGUACGUGCCGAGUUACAUGCAGAUAAUUCUGAAAUUUAUAAAAGGUAUAAUAACAAUCUAAAUACCUUUUUCACUUAAGCAUAUUCGCAUCUUUUAAUUAAUCAUUUUCGUAUUAUUAACUAUUAUGACGCACUUUUUUGGGAUUUUUAUUGAAAUCCAAGUUAAUUCUAAUAUAUCUCUAGAGAAAUACAAAUAAUGAAAGAAGGAAAUUAAUUAAAUUUAAUAAAUAAGUCAAUGAAAAAUCACGAUACCGUUAGUUUCGCGAUAGAAUAUAAUAUUGUUUAAUCAAUUUUUUACCAUUAUUAUAAUAGUUACUAAUGUGUCAAGUAUACUAUUAUCAAUAUAUACAGAUAUAGAGACAUCCAUAUAUAUUGUUAUAAAUCAAUUAAAUAUAAAUUAUUAUAGUGUCAGUUCAUGGAUUAUUAAUUCAAGAAUAACAUGGUAAUAUUUCAUCUAAUACUUAUUUGUAAUAAAUUUCAUUUGUAAUUUGUUUCUCGCGAAUUGUAUAAACAAAAUAACUCUCCACGGGUAAUCUCCUAAUACGUAUAGGCAUUUUUAGAUAUAAAACAAGAAAAAUGGAAAUAUAAUAGUUAAUAAACUUAUCAACCUUUAUAAAAAUUGAUAAAACAAACUUAUCGUUAAUUGAAAUAUCUUGAUAAUUAAUUGUAGACUUCGCAGUGUAUAGAUUUUUCUAGACGAUAAGUUUUGCGUUUUCUGUAAUUACUUACAGGUUUAUUUAUGUACUUUACCAUUCAUAAUAAAGUAUAUUAAAUGAAAAAAAAUGACAAGCGACAAGCAUAUCAUGUGCAUGAUGUUUGAGACGAUCAUUUGUGGAUCGCCAUGUGAAUAAAUUUCGUAUAAUAUCGUAAGUCAUGUCGCAGUAAUUCACUUUUGUUUGAUUGAUAAAUAAUAAAAAGUUAUAUAGUAGUUUAA